UGUAGGUGGAAGAAAAUUUAAGAAAAAAAAAGUAACGAAAUUUUGCAGUGUUGUAAAACAGAAGAAUUUUGCUAGAAGAUUUUCCAAUCCGAAUUGCAAGGGAAGCUCCAACUGUUUGAAAUCUAGCUAACGCCGUGAGUUUGUGUUUUAACGAAGCGUUCGUCUACCCCACCCCGAACCGAAAAUGUGCGAUCCGUGCUGUGGUCCAUGCGAUCCCUGCUACUCCUCCUGCUAUCCUUGCUCACCUAAACCAUGCAAGAGUCGCGAACUGCGUGGUGGCAUCCUGAUCUCAAACUGCGAGUGUCUCAAGCGCAACGGCCUGCAGCACGAUUGUCCGCGUACUGAAUGUCAGGCAAAACCAUGCUGUCUCACCAAACCGGAAGCAUCCUGCUGUCCGUCGCAAUGGGCCCGACGUUAUCGGUUUGUGACGAUGGGUAAGAAGAGUAAUCCGGUACGUCCUUCGCCGAAAUGCUGCCUUCCAACGGGUGGUGGCGGUUGCAAUCCCUGCCCAAUCGAUCCUACCUGUUGUGUCCCAUGCUCUGGACCAUGCGGACCCUGUGAUCCCUGCGGACCCUGCGGACCAUGCGGACCUUGCGGACCAUGCGGACCCUGUGAUCCAUGUGGACCUUGCGGACCUUGUGCUCCUUGCGGACCUUGUGCUCCUUGCGGACCCUGUGGACCCUGUGGACCCUGUGGACCCUGUGGACCCUGCGGACCCUGUGGACCCUGUGAUCCAUGCUGUCCUCCGGUUUGCGAUCCUAGUUAUCCACCAGUGUGUGAUCCUUCCUGCAGCGUCCCGUACUAUCCGUUGAAGCGUAUCCGGUCGGCGGUACGACAACCAACACCCAGACCAAAGAUGGCCAAAACCAAUUGGUACUGCCCGCCAUGGCGUAAGAUCUGUAAUGCACCGGCACCCUGCCGUUACUCGGCACCUUGCAAAGCUCACUGCUAUAAUGUGGAGCGUUACUGUUACCGAUGUAGAUGAAUUCUGAACUUCUGCUUGUUAAAUUGUUCCCUCCUUACUAAAAGGUGACCCUUGCAGUGACGCCUGCGUGCCCUGUGGACCGUGCUAGUGUGGCAGGGCUAGAACUUGCCGAUUUUUUUAGCGUGUUUAACACAAUUCCCGCAUCUCUGCCAAGCCUUUCGUAGUGAGUGCCAACCGACCAGACCUAAUCUUAGCAUCAUCGUUAUCCAGGCACGUCCUGUCCGUCGCACGGACCGGCGUCCUGUACUCCGUUCGAGACAAAUUCUUGUUCAUCUACGUUUCCCGUUUGCAUGUUACGUUGUGUUGUUAGAAAUUUUAUAACGCGUUAUAGGAGGGUAACUCUAGCACAUCAUGAGCAUGCUUCACAUAGGAGUUAAGCAGCAGCAUCGUUAGCAAUUGUAGUUGCAUUCAGAUCCAUCAACUUCAAACCAACUAUGAAGAACAACGCUACCGGCACAGUUAGAAGAUUCAAUCAAAUAAAAAGCGUAUAAUCAAUUCGGAA